UUUUUAUUUUAGCUUUGUUAAACUACAACCCAUAUAUUUGAGUUUCUUUCUAAUUAUCCAAUAUAACUGUCUCGAUAGACACAUCCUACAUCAGCACCAACAUCUAACACAGACUUCUGGAAAACCUGACCAGCUAUCUCUCAAAGAUACACAAUAUCAGUGAGCACACAUGUGCUUUGUUGAACAGGAAAGCAAACUUCUGAAUCAGGGCCCAAGCAGAUCACCACAUGUUGUGCAUCUUUGCUUCAUUGUAGGCACAACAGUGAUGGUCACAUAUGAGAUCUCCAUUGAUGACUUGCUUGGCAAUGUGAACCGGCAUGACUACUACCGCUACAGUGGCUCCCUAACCACACCUUUAUGCAACCAAGCAGUUGUCUGGACAGUCUUUAAAGAGCCAGUCAAUGUGGACUUAAACCUGAUCAAGAUGUUCCCCAAACAAACAGGAUAUUUCAAUGUGUAUCGGCCCACACAGCCCCUGCCAGUGGCCACGGGACCAGUGAAUCUGCAUUCAGUGCUUUUCGACCUCUCUUAUGUCUUCUGCUGCUGGCAUGCCUCUGUGUCUAUUUUAUAUAAUUUGGACCUGUGAUGAACUGCUGUGAAAAAUAUAUAUUGUACUGCACUUAUUAAUUUCUUUAUAUGUUAGCUUGGAAAGUGGUUUUUCAUUGAUGACAUUUGAAUAUGUACUUUAUAUGUACUAUAUGUAUAUCAUUAUAAUGGUUGACCAGAAAUGCUGCUUAUUAAACUUUGAGGGGAUUAAUGUCAAGCUGGCAUAAUAUUAAACCUUGAAACUAGGUUGCCAAACAAAAAUAAUUCUGCGCUUGCUAUAAAAUAGCUGUUUGCUUUGCUUCAGCAAAACAUAUCUUAUAAGAAAAAUAAAAAAGUCAAUCACUAAUUAAAAACAUGAGUAUGUUUUGAGUAUAGGUGGUCAUCUUGUGUUUUUGCUAUACAAAAAGCAAAGAAAAAUAUAUUUUUUAAUUAAAUGAUCUUGUGCUUUAGCAGUGGAAAAUGUUUUCUUGUAGCCAGUUUAAAUUAAAACAACACUUGUCUGAAAUUGUAAUGUGUGAUUCUUGUGUAAAGCUACAGGCCUUAGUUUUUCAUGAUACC